CCAUGAUGUGCCUCCUGCUCGCCCUGGGCCUGGCCCUCACGUGUGGCGCCCAGGCUGUCAGCGUCAUCCGGACUAUGGAGGACCUGGACAUCCAAAGGGUGGCAGGGACGUGGCACUCCGUGGCCAUGGCGGCCAGCGACAUCUCCUUGCUGGACACCGAGAGCGCCCCCCUAAGAGUGAACGUGGAGGAGCUGAGGCCCACGCCCCAGGGCGACCUGGAGAUCUUCCUGCAGAAAAGGGACAAGGACGGGUGUGUUAAGGAGAAAAUCAUUGCAGAAAAAACCGAGAUCCCUGCUGUGUUCAAGAUCAACUUCCUGAAUGAGAAUAAGAUCUUCGUGUUGGACUCCGACUACACAAACUACCUGCUCUUCUGCAUGGAAAACACGGCUGACCCCGAGCGCAGCCUGACCUGCCAGUACCUGGCCAGGACCCUGCAAGUGGACGACGGGGUCAUGGAGAAAUUCAACAAAGCCAUCAAGCCCCUGCCCAUGCACAUCCGGCUCUCCUUCAGCCCGACCCAGCUGGAAGAGCAGUGCCGCGUCUAGGUGAGCUCCUGCCGGCGCCCUGGAGGGCCCGGGAGCCUUGGCCCCUCUGGGGACAGACGACAUCACCCCCACCUCCCCCACCAGCAGGGUCAGGAGGCACCAGGACCAAGGUCACCCCUCUUGGGACCCAGGCCCCUCCGGGCCCCGCCUGGGGUCUCCUGCUCGGGGGCGUUCCUCCUUCAGCAAUAAAGCCAUAAACC